AUCAUUUCAGUAGCAAAGUCAUCAAAUGCACAUAACUUCAUAUCUUCAUUGCCUAAUGGUUAUAAUACAACAGUUGGAGAAAGAAGGGUUCAAUUAUCCGGUGGACAAAAGCAAAGAAUCGCCAUUGCGAGGGCCAUAUUGAAAGAUCCGAAAAUACUUCUACUUGAUGAGGCGACUAGCGCUCUUGAUACAAAGUCAGAACGUAUAGUACAAGAAACGUUAGAUCGAGUGAUAGUGAAUAGAACAACUGUCGUCGUUGCACAUCGUCUAAUGACAGUUAAAAAUGCAGAUGUUAUUGCACUAGUUAAAAAUGGUGUUGUUGCUGAGAAGGGAACACAUGAUAUGCUCAUGAACAAUCCUCAAGGGGUAUAUGCGUCUUUGGUUGCACUUCAGACCAGAGCAACUUAAUUCAAGAACUCUAGCUUUAAGCAUGGCAAAAGAUUUUGUAUUUGUUGGAUAUUAUCAUUUUUUUUAAUAAUAUGGAAAUGUUUACAUUA